AUGGACACGAACAAUAAGGACCACCGGGCUUUGCUCAACCAAGGAGAGGAGAAUGAAUUGGAGGUGUUUGGUUACCAUACCCAGAAUCUCCGAAGAGCUCUGUGCCUGGUUACAUCCAUGCUGACCUGCGGCGUCCUUCAACUGGUGUUCUACUGGAGGCCUGAGUGGAGGGUGUGGAGCAACUGUGUCCCAUGUACUUUGCAAGAAGCAGACACUGUCUUGUUGAGGACAACAGAUGAAUUUCAAAGAUAUAUGAGGAAGAAGGUGUUCUGUCUCUACUUAGCCACACUGAAGUUUCCCAUAAGCAAGAACUCAAAAGAACCUCUGGUGGCAGACCGCCACUCUGUCAUAAACCAAGCUGUAAUGAAGCCAGAAUUAAAAUUGCGAUGUAUCCAAGUGCAGAAAAUCAGGUACGUUUGGGAUUACUCGGAGAAGCGGUUUCGGAAAGUUGGGUUGUUAGAGGACAGCAACUCCUGUUAUGACAUCCACCACACAUUUGGAUUGGGUCUGACCAGUGAGGAGCAAGAAGUCAGAAGAUUAGUGUGUGGGCCCAAUGCCAUUGAGGUUGAAAUCCAGCCAAUAUGGAAGCUGCUUGUGAAACAGGUUUUAAAUCCAUUCUACGUGUUCCAAGCCUUCACCUUGACUUUGUGGUUGUCUCAGGGCUAUAUAGAAUACUCCGUGGCCAUCAUCAUUUUGACCUUUAUCUCCAUUGUUUUAAGUGUGUAUGAUUUGCGACAGCAAUCAGUGAAGCUGCACAACCUCGUGGAGGAUCACAACAAAGUCCAGGUUACGAUCUUUGUAAAAGACAAAGGUUUGCAGGAACUGGAAUCUCGUCUCUUGGUUCCUGGAGAUAUUCUUAUUCUUCCAGGGAAGUUUCAAAUGCCAUGUGAUGCUAUUCUUAUUGAUGGGAGCUGUGUAAUGAAUGAAGGCAUGCUCACAGGAGAAAGUAUACCUGUGACAAAGACACCAUUGUCCCACACGGACAACACCAUGCCUUGGAAAUCGCACAGUCUGGAGGACUACCGGAAACACGUGCUUUUCUGUGGAACAGAGGUGAUUCAGGUCAGGCCCUCUGGUCAGGGCCCAGUCAGAGCUGUUGUACUACAGACAGGUUAUAACACAGCAAAAGGAGACUUGGUAAGAUCCAUCCUGUAUCCUCGGCCUCUGAACUUCAAACUAUACAGCGAUGCCUUCAAGUUCAUGGUGUUCCUGGCUUGCCUCGGUGUUGUGGCCUUUUUCUAUGGCCUAGGUAUAUACAUGUACCAUGAAAUUCCUCCAAGAGAUACGGCAACCAUGGCCCUGAUCCUCCUCACGGUGACGGUCCCUCCUGUGCUCCCAGCUGCCCUGACCAUAGGCAUUGUGUAUGCCCAGAAGAGACUGAAGAAACAGAAAAUCUUCUGUAUCUCUCCACAGAGAAUCAACAUGUGUGGGCAAAUUAACCUCGUGUGCUUUGACAAAACAGGCACUCUUACAGAAGAUGGGCUGGACCUCUGGGGGACUGUUCCCGCUGCUGACAGCUGUUUCCAGGAGGUUCAUAGCUUUGCGUCGGGCAAAGCUUUACCAUGGGGACCUCUAUGUGCAGCCAUGGCCAGCUGCCACUCUCUGAUCCUUCUGGAUGGGACCAUCCAAGGAGACCCUCUGGACCUCAAAAUGUUCGAAGGCACUGCUUGGAAAAUGGAAGAUAAUAAUAUGGACUUGUACAAAUUCGGCAUGUCAAAUUCAAACCCAACAAUAAGACCAGGACCAAAAGCCAGUCAGAGUCCCGUGGAAGCCAUCACCAUCUUGCGCCAGUUUCCAUUUUCCUCCAGCCUGCAGAGGAUGUCUGUGAUCACUCAGCUGGCUGGGGAGGGACAUUUCCAUGUCUACAUGAAAGGUGCCCCAGAGAUGGUGGCCAGGUUCUGCAGACCUGAAUCAGUGCCCAAGAAUUUCCCCCAGGAGCUGAGGAACUACACAGUGCAAGGCUUCCGUGUCAUUGCCCUUGCCCAUAGAGCCCUGAAGACAGGAAGGCUUUCAGAAGUGGAGAACUUAGAAAGGGAGAAAGUGGAGUCCGAGUUAACAUUUCUGGGACUUCUCAUUAUGGAGAAUCGUUUGAAAAAGGAAACCAAACCGGUCUUAAAGGAGCUGAGUGAGGCCCACAUCAGGACCAUAAUGGUUACAGGUGACAAUCUUCAAACAGCCAUUACUGUUGCAAAGAAUUCCGAAAUGAUUCCUCCAGGCAGUCAAGUCAUCAUUGUGGAAGCCAAUGAGCCAGAAGAGCUUGUUCCUGCAGCUGUGUCUUGGCAGCUGGUAGAGAACCAAGAGACUGGACCUGGGAAGAAGAAUGAAACCUACAUUCCUCUUGGAAACAGUUCCAUACCUGAAGGAGAAAGAGGGAGCUAUUACCAUUUUGCAAUGAGUGGGAAGACCUAUCAGGUGCUUUUUCAGCAUUUCUACAGCUUGCUUCUCAAAAUUCUGGUAAAUGGAACUAUUUUUGCAAGAAUGUCUCCUGGGCAGAAAUCAAGCCUUGUUGAAGAAUUUCAGAAAUUAAAUUAUUAUGUGGGCAUGUGUGGAGAUGGAGCCAAUGACUGUGGGGCUCUGAAAAUGGCUCAUGCAGGCAUCUCGCUGUCAGAGCAAGAAGCAUCAGUGGCAUCCCCUUUCACCUCAAAAAUAGCCAACAUUGAGUGUGUGCCUCACCUGAUCAGAGAGGGCCGAGCUGCUCUGGUUUCGUCCUUCGGAAUCUUUAAGUAUUUGACCAUGUAUGGCAUAAUACAGGGUGUUGGAAUUUUACUGCUUUACUGGCAACUACAAAUCUUUGGGAAUUAUCAGUAUCUCGUGCAAGAUAUGGUUAUUACUUUGAUGGUCUGUCUGACAAUGAGCUGGACUCAUGCCUACCCGAAGCUGGCACCGUAUCGUCCAGCAGGACAACUUCUUUCUCCUCCCCUGUUGCUCUCCAUCUUUUUGAAUACUUGUUUCACUGGCAUUGUGCAAGUGUGUGCUUUUCUCUCUGUGAAGCAACAGCCUUGGUAUUGUGAGGUCUACCGAUACAGUGAGUGCUUUCGGGCCAACCAAAGUAAUUUCUCAACCAAUGGGAGUGUGGAAAGAAACUGGACUGGAAAUGCAACUCUGGUUCCUGGUUCCGUUGUCAGUUUUGAGAGUACCACCCUGUGGCCCAUAAUCACCUUCAACUGCAUCACGGUGGCAUUUAUCUUUUCUAAGGGAAAGCCAUUUCGAAAACCCAUCUAUUCAAACUAUACAUUUUCAUUCUUGUUGACAUCUGCCUUUGGCAUGACGAUUUUCAUUCUGUUUUCUGACAGUGAAGAUCUAUACCAAAAAUUGGAGUUCAUCCCCACCAUAACUUCAUGGAGAGUUUCCAUUUUGGUGGCAUCCCUGACCCACUUCUGCGUGGCCUUCUUUGUAGAGGAUGCUGUCCUUCAAAAUCGAGAGCUCUGGCUGUUGAUCAAGAAAGAAUUUGGAUUCUACUCUAAAAGUCAAUAUAGGAUCUGGCAAAGAAAGUUGGCAGCUGACCCUACCUGGCCUCCCACCAACAGGACAUAUUCAGAUGAUGGCAAAAAUGGGCUCUAUAUCAACAGAGGCUAUGAAGACCCUGAACAGGCUCCCGAAGGGAAAGUCAAAUUGAGAGGGCAAACCACAGAGCAGCAUUUUUGGACCAGGCUGUGA